ACAAACUGGGGUUGACAGUGGUUCCGGGAUGGUGGGCCUCGGCGGAGGUGCAGGUGGGGGUGGAGGUGGUGGCGGGGUGGGCAGUGGCCUUCUGGAGAACGCUAACCCACUCAUCUACGAGCGUUCUGGGGAGCGGCCUGUGACAGCGGGCGAGGAAGACGAGCAGGUUCCGGACAUCAUCGACGCGCGCGAGAUCUUUGAUCUGAUUCGCUGCAUCAAUGAUCCGGAGCAUCCACUGACGCUGGAGGAAUUGAACGUAGUAGAGCAAGUUAGGGUUCAGGUUAGUGACCCCGACAGCACAGUGGCCGUGGCCUUUACACCCACAAUUCCACACUGCAGCAUGGCCACUCUUAUUGGCCUGUCCAUCAAAGUCAAGCUUCUGCGCUCUCUCCCCCAGCGUUUCAAGAUGGAUGUGCACAUUACUCCAGGGACCCAUGCCUCGGAACAUGCAGUGAACAAACAGCUUGCAGAUAAGGAGCGAGUGGCAGCUGCUUUGGAGAACACCCACCUGCUGGAGGUUGUGAAUCAGUGCCUGUCGGCCCGCUCCUGAGCUUUGUUUGUCCUUCACUAUGCACCAGUGUCCUAACCUCAGCUUCACCUGGAGCUCAGGGCUUUGUUUUCCUGAAUCACUGACAAUGAGGAACUAACAUUUUGUUUUUUGUAAUAAAACCUUAAUUUAUAUUCA